CCCACCUCCGCAUCCUUCACCGCUUACAAUUACAAGGGUGUUUUAGAGAGAGAAAGGGAGAGAGAGAGAAUAUGGGAGGGUGGGCAAUUGCAGUGCACGGCGGCGCCGGCGUCGACCCUAACCUUCCGGCGGAGAGACAAGAAGAGGCGAAACAACUCCUAACUCGUUGUCUUAACCUCGGGAUCUCUGCCCUCGAAUCCAACGCCUCCGCCAUUGACGUCGUCGAACUCGUCGUGAGAGAGUUGGAGACAGAUCCACUGUUCAAUUCCGGCCGUGGAUCGGCUCUGACGGAGAAAGGGACGGUGGAGAUGGAAGCGAGCAUAAUGGACGGUACGAGGAGACGAUGCGGUGCCGUUUCGGGAGUGACCACCGUCAAGAACCCCAUAUCUCUGGCUCGUCUCGUCAUGGACAAGUCCCCUCACUCCUACCUCGCCUUCUCCGGCGCCGAAGCCUUCGCCCGUCAACAGGGAGUUGAGUUGGUGGAAAACGAGUAUUUCAUCACGGAGGACAACGUGGGCAUGCUCAAGUUGGCUAAAGAAGCUAACUCCAUCUUGUUUGACUACCGAAUCCCACCGGUCGGAUGCGCCGGAGAAGCCGCCGCCACCGCGAUCGACCUUCCGACCAAGAUGAACGGUCUACCCAUAAGUGUUUACUCGCCGGAGACCGUCGGCUGCGUCGUGGUUGACCGCGAGGGCCGUUGCGCCGCCGGAACAUCCACCGGAGGACUCAUGAACAAGAUGGUCGGAAGGAUCGGAGACUCGCCGUUGAUCGGCGCCGGAACCUACGCCUCCGAGCUCUGCGGCGUCUCGUGCACCGGCGAGGGAGAGGCAAUCAUACGUGCCACGUUGGCACGUGACGUGGCAGCGGUGAUGGAGUACAAGGGGCUCGAACUCCAAGAGGCGGUCGAUUACGUCAUCAAGAACCGACUCGACGAGGGCUUCGCCGGUCUGAUAGCCGUUUCGGACAAAGGAGAAGUGGCUUGUGGUUUCAACUGUAACGGAAUGUUUAGGGGAAUCGCCACUGAGGAUGGAUUUAUGGAGGUUGCUAUUUGGGAAUGAUUUUGCAAAUUCAUAUUAUAGAAAUAAUAUAUGCUUUAGUUAUAAUAAUGCGUGGUAGGGUUUCACCCAUUGAUUUUAUUAAUAAUAACAUUUUAACAGA